AUGGCCUCCCAGCAGCAGCAGCAGGAGAUGGUGGGCGCCAAGUCCGUCCUCUACCGCACCGUGAGCUCAGGCAUAGAAACCGCGGCCGCUGUCGGCACCGGCGGCGCCAGCGCCAACGCUAGCAACCUGAUUCGGCAGAGCAGCUCCCCCGCCGGAUUCCUCGAUCAUUGGAACAUGGACAACGGAUACGGGGCCAUGCUGAGGGCGGGCAUGGCCACCGCGGACUCCCUCGCUGGUAGCGGUAGCAGGCUAAAGGGGCAACUGAGCUUCUCGUCACGGCAGGGGUCAUUGAUGUCCCAGAUCUCAGAGAUGGACAGCGAGGAGGUUGGAGGGAGCAGCCCAGAGGCUGCCGGUGGCGGCAGGGGGUACAUCCCUGGGUACCCAAUGGGUUCUGGGUGGGAGGAGUCAUCGGCGCUCAUGUCAGACAAUUUGUCUAGCAUGAAACGUCCCCGGGACUCUUCGGAGCCUGGCCAGAGCGGCCUCACGCACCAGUUCAGCCUGCCCAAGACGGCAUCGGAGAUGGCAACUAUUGAGAAACUCCUCCAGUUCCAGGACGCUGUGCCUUGUAAGAUCCGUGCCAAGCGGGGAUGCGCCACUCAUCCACGCAGCAUCGCCGAGAGGGUGAGGAGAACAAAGAUCAGUGAGCGAAUCCGAAAGCUGCAAGAACUAGUUCCAAACAUGGACAAGCAAACCAACACAUCUGACAUGCUGGAUUUGGCUGUCGACUACAUCAAGGAUCUCCAGAAGCAGGUUAAGGUGCUAAAGGAGAGCCAAGCUAAUUGCACCUGCUCUGGAAGCAAGAAUCAGCAGCACUCUUGCUGA